AUGUUUAGCAGGUCAGCCGAUUUGCAAGAGUCUUGGCCGCAGUUGGAAUCUGCUUUAAAAGAGUAUGGCAUUGCAUGUGCACUGGAUCUGGAUCAGUAUUUCAUCACAUUGUCAACAACCCUGAGUACGGUCGGAGCUGCUGUUUCCAAGAUAAGACAUCUUCAUUUACUUCUGUCAAUCAGAGUUCCCGUUCAUCGGGCAUUAAGAAUACCGGAAGGUCCAUAUGACAACAUCCGCACCGGGCAUCAUUUUGAUGGGAUUUGCACAAAAUAUAAGAUCAAGAGGAAUGACCUGGUUGUGGUCAUAGGGGGUUCAGAUCAAGGAUUGAAGCUAGUGAGGCAGAUUGUGUCCGGCUGCAUUGUACGCACGAUGCCUCCUGGUGUCAAGAGACUGAGAGAUUAUCUUAAGGUGUUCUUGGGUGGUAAAAAGUUGAGCUUAUGA